AUGAGUGAUCCCUUUGACCCCUUAGCUGAGUCUACCGCGAUGGACGACGACCUAUUCUUGAGGGAAGAGUUCGACUUCUUAGAUGAAGUUCUGGAAACUGAUCGUACUGAAAGGUCUAGUUCUCAGAUUCAGAUUCAGAAUCUGAGAACUAGACCUUUCAAUAGCAUUACCAAACCGAUUGUUUCUCUCACUGAAGAUGAUGAAGAAAUAUCUCCUGAUUUGAGCGAUUUACUUCCAAAGAUUCGUAAGAUUAUAGAUCAAAAUGUCAUGAAACCUGUUGAUCCCGAGUUAUGUCAGUUGUUAAAGUUAUUGAGUGAAGGUCUGAGUAUUGCUGACAGACAGGAUGGAUUUUCCAAGUAUUUACGUGAUCAAGAAAAAAUGCAUCUACCAGCCUCAUCUACAUCACACAGAGAAAUCAUGGAGAUGGUUAGUUCAUUGAAUGUAUUUUUGGCUAAGCUGACUUUAACUGCUGACACUGUUGACCAAAUGAAAAACAAGACAUUGAUUCACAACCAUGAUCUAAAUACUCAACCCUCUGAAGAUAUUAAUUUUGAUGGAUAA